AUAUCGUUAUCGCUCUAUCACAGCCGGGCGAGUGCCGUGUUGGGGGUUGUGAGGCGAAUAGAAGAGGAGCGGGUUGGGAGAAUGCGACGCGAAAUUGGACGGAUAUACAACGAAUAUUUCGCGUCGCUUCGAGAAAUCGCCGCAAAAACGUUGGAAAUUUUGGAGAAUAGGAUUCUACCGAAUAAAAUUAAAACGCCAUCUGCAUUGGGUGAAACUCGCAAAAAAAUGGAGUCACCAGCGUUGUUUCUACCCAGGAAUGUACCCGCAGGAACGGGUUUCACCGCAGUGAUCGAGGCGCAUCAAGUGGAAUCGCUCUUCGCGCUGAUUCGGUUGAUGGUCAGAGUGCCGAGUCUGGCGGCUAUUAUAGUGGUUUGGAGUCGGGGUCCGGAUGGUUUAGGGGAAAUACCACCAGGUAAACAAAUUACCUUAUAUCAGUGA